GCUCGCUCCUGUGGGUUGCCAUAGCAACACAGAAGCUGGGCCGCUAGUUGCUGUUUCUUUAUGGAAAUUGUUGCUUGUUUUGUCUGCCUCUGGAGGCUACAAUGGAUAUUACAAGAGGAAGUCUGGAUGGAAUUUCAAGACCAGCCUCUAACUCAAGAAAUAAUCAUGGAAGCAAAAUUUUAAAUUCAUCUCUGGAGAUUUUAACACCAGAAUCCGACCAGUCUAAGGUUGAUUUUUGCAAUAAUCACAUAGGGGAGAACUCAAAAGAAAAUUAUGAUAAAAAUGGGGACGAAUAUAAAACUCAACAGAUGAGUUUCUCAGAACAAAUAUCUGAAGAAAAAACUGGUGAUUUUCAACUGAUGGUACAGCAUACAAAUCAGAUGACAGAAUAUUCUUCAAGUUCAGUGGAUUCUGAAGAUGACUUUGGUGAAAAUAAACUCUCUUGCAGCAGUGCUUCACAGAAUAAGCCAGCUGAACCACAAAAAGAGACAUUCAGGUCUGCAAACCUGGAUGAUUCUAAGGAGAAAGGUGUAGAUCUUCUCAUCCUGAAAGCAAUAAAGAAGAUGAAAAGGUUGGACCAGAUAUUGGCAAAUAAACAAUCCCAGGAAAGAGCAGUCAAAAAGCAAGGCAGAGAAUUGAGAGCAAAACUAUGGGAAGAAUUUCAGUCUAUGACAUCCCGAAGUUCUUCAAUAAUUACUGAAGAGGAGGAAAACACUAGCAGAUUUUUAGCUUUGAACUCACCAUUAUCAGGAACACCUGAUCUUUCUGCUUGCGAAGAUAAUGACACAUUUAACAUAUUUAAAACUCAGCUUCCUCCAGAAAAUUAUGAGACUAAUGGGAGACAAACAAAGCGAGUACCUGAAGGUGAUUCAACUGAUAGUGUAACAAGAAGUUCAGUGAAGAAAAUGGAAAACACUUGGCCAAAAAGUGCAGCAAGCUUUAAAAAACCCUCAAACUUUGUUAAAAAGAACAUAGAGUUGGCCAAAGAUUCAUCAAGCGAAGUUGUUAUGCUAGAUGAAGAAAGACAGAGACUAUCCGAAUUACUGAAAGAUACAGAAAAUGAUAGUAAUCAACUUCAAGCUGAGGAAGAAACAACUGGAAUAUUAGUACCAGGUGAAGGAUAUACACCCGAACCAAUGGAAUAUCAUCACCUUGCGGAAAUCGAUGCUAAACUCAAAAUAAUAAUAUCUGAUGGAGAUUUGUCUGUAUUUCAGGGCUCCUGUUCAAAAGCUUCCAGUAAAAUUUAUCAGGAAUCCUUGGCUUAUGCAAAUAGAAAGCUGAAAAUUCCAGGUGAAAAGAUCUUAAGAGACACUAAAGAAGAACGUGAUCAACAAAACAGACUUAAAGAAAUCAACCAACAGCUUAAAAACCUAGAAGAAAUUCCAGAUGUACCCCCUUGCCUCACAGAAGAGCAACUUAAUGCCCUUCUGGAAGACUGUAUACAAAGCCUAAGAAGAGGAUGCGAUCUUAAUCUGACCAAAUGUCAGGAAAAUUCGGUGGAGAGGAGGAGCCCUUGUAACACCUUGGAAGAGGACAUGUCAGACUCUAGGAGUGACGUGUCAGAUGAUAUUCAACUACCAGCAAACGAGGAAAUGCUUGGAGAUGAGUAUAAAGACAUAUUUUCAAAGGAAAAUAUAGACUCCUGCUGCAAUCCCAGCAAGACAUUGUUUGAAUUUCCCAUGUCAGAGAAAAAGGGAAAUGAAGAAGACCAAGAGGAGGCAGCAGACACUGCUAAUAGCUCUGAAGAUGUCUCCAUGUCAAAGGUUCUCAGUACAGACAAGAUGAAAAAGCCUUCUUUUUUUGAUGAAUCUUUUUAUUGUGUCAGCGUGAACAAUGAGCUUUCCACAGAUGGCAGCAUUCCUAGCAUACCACUAAAAACCAGUGGAGAUGAGCUGAAAGAUGAAGAUGUGAAUGAAGAGUAAUGUGCUAUCAACCUAAACAAUAUUGGACUUCUAAAUAAAGAUCACCUGAUUAACUGCUUUCUGGGGAUGACUUCUGAACAUGAAAAUGUUUUACAGAUCUAAAACUGUUAAGCUCCUCUAUCUGCACGUAUAUAUCCCAGUUACAUCAAUAUUUAUAUUGUUCAGCAAAUUUACAUAAGCGACAAUAAUAGCACUUUCCUGACCAUAAACUAUAUUUACAGUAAAUAUUAAUAGAACUAUUUUUUUCUCCUGAAUGUUCAAUAAUCUGUAAACAUAAGUAUCAUUUGAAUAAACAUUUUUGGAGGUAGAUGAUUAUCUGAAGCAUUCAAUAGUGAACAUUCUGGAUUUUUGAAAACAAAGUAAACAUGCAAAGAAUAGUGUGGAUAGCAUGCACAAACUAUUGGCAGUUAUUAAUCUGUUUUUUUACAUUUGGCUGUCUGAGAACAAUCAUGUGGUCGUCUAUCCAUUAGCAAACUGUUUUUCCUUAAAAUCUGUAGCAAAUGGAGAUAUCCAGUAUCAAUAAAGUGCAGGCAUGUUAUGGUUGUCUACAGAAAUGGGUUGACAUUUCCUUUUAAUUUUGUUCUUUUCUGAUUUUAACCGGUGUCAAGCUUCUGAUUUUAAAAAUUACUGUGACUUUUCAACUUUGUUUUGAAAAUGCACUGAAGUACAUGGGAAGGGGUCUCAGUCAUUAUGCCUAACAAACCAGGUUGGCCCAAGAAGCAUAGUCAUAGAGGAGAGCUGGGUGCAAGAGCUGCUAGCACAGUGUUUCUCAAC